AUGGCAGCUCAGCAGGUGCUAAUAACGGGAGAGUCAGCCGGGGGGCAGGCAGUCGUCAACCUGUGUGACUAUAUCGCAGCCUACCUCUCCUUCGCCACAGUCAAAUGCCUCUCUGAUGGGGGCUUCUUCAUUGACGCGCCUGACAGGAAGGGGCGUUCCUUUUUCCGAGAGAUAGCAGAGAAUGCGACACAGCUACACCAGAUGUUCAACCCUAAGUGCAAUCAGAAUCUUGCAAGUCAAGCCCAGUGGCGCUGCUUUUUCCCACAGUACUCGCUCGCUUAUGUCACGUCCGAUAUAUUCAUCCUCAACACGCUCUUUGACCCCAUAACGCUCAUGAUUGGGGGCCAGCUGCCCUGGGGCCAUGAGCACGCCAAGGAGUGUCUCUUUGGUCUCCGAUGGGGUGCCGGUGGGGGAGGGGGCGGGGGCUUGAGUGGAGGAGCGGGGUUCUGGACAGGAGGCGCUGGAAUGGGGGGAGGAGGGGAGGGGGGCAGGCUAGCGGGAGGGAGGGAAGGUUUGAGAGGAGGGGUUGAUGGGGACACACCAAAGCCGAAGGUGCUGGGUGGUGAUGGUGGGGCUGUAUUCACAAGUGUUGGCAUGGCUGAGAAUGAUUACCACGAAGCAUUUUUGGGGAGCAGUUAUAGUGCAGCCGGUUCUGGUGGCGUCAAGGUAGCGGACAGCAGUGGGAGCAGCAAUGGGGGCAGUGGUGACAGUGCCGUUGUUGCAAAUGGUAACACUGGUGAUCAGGCUGUGAGCAGACCCGUCAGCAGCUUUGGUGCCGGUCAAAGCAAGAACGGCUACAAUGCCAAGGAGCAGCAGGUGCAGGAACGGAAUCAAAUGCAGCAGCCGCUGCAGGAGAAUCAAAGAGGGAAACAGCAGCAGCAGCAGCAGCAGCAGCAGCAGCAGCAGCAGCAGCAGCAGCAGCAGCAGCAGCAGGGCUGUAGACCUGAAGAACGCACUGCAGUGCUGAACCAUGGCUCCAUAGUAACCACCUCCCUGCAGGAAUACGCCAAUGAUCCACAUGACAACACCAGAGUGUUCUUACUGAAUGCCUAUGCACAUGGGAUUGGCGGCACCAGCUAUUGGACAUCGUUUACAUCUGACUGGAUGCUCAUGCCACUGAACAUUGCAGUGGCUAACUGGUUUGACGGAUCUAGAUAG